CACUGGAGGAACACGAUGCCAUCGUGCCAUCGCACGCAAGUGCAUUCGAGCGUAUUCCGGUGAAACUAUUUACCACAACAGCUCUCCAUGGUGUUCGAGUAUGCGACAAAUACAAGCGCUCCUCGUCCGGUGGAUUGCGACUAAAACUGCUCGUGUUGUCAUGGACGCCACGUCGACGCUGCGAGCGCUGCUCCUGCUUGGAGGUAACCUGGUAGCCGGGCCCUUCGUCUACUGGCUACACAUUCGGGCAGACGUUCGGCAAGAAUGGCUCGUAUACCAUCGUACGGCCCUGCUGAUUUCCGGGGGUGCUUUGUUCGGCAUGGCCUUCGUCGACAUGCUGUACUCAGGGUCCAGGAUGUUGAACCAGACUGGGAAUUACGAGAAGCCAGUGGCGGAAAUAGUUGUGUGCAUCGGGUUCGCCGUGGGCCUCUGCCUCCAGCAGUUGGGCGUUGUUCUCGCCGACCGAGCUGAACGCAGGAGGAUGUCUAGGAGCGUGUCAGCCACAGAAAGCACCAUGCUGUCCUCUUACUCAGAAAACGUCGACUACGGUGCCACAGAAUCUGCUUGCGCCGUUCACGGAAGGCGCCAAGAAGACAAACCGCUGUCCCACGUGGGCAUUUGGGCUUCCUUGGAAGCUCUAGGAUGCCUCUGCGUCUACUACACGCUCCACUGCCUGCUUCUAGGUCUAUUACCCGAUCAAGCUACAGCCGAAGCCAGCGACGGCUUCAAGGCAACCGAAGUGAACACCGUCUUGGGCUCCGUCGCACUCGCCGUAGUGAUGUACUCGUCCCAACCACAGCCGGCGAUGCUCCUCGCGGCAUCGUUUCUGUCAGCUGUCCUGCCAGCUGUGGCCUACACCAUAGGCUGCUUCACGACUAAGUGGAGUGUCUCGAUGUUCUACGCGGGCAUUGCCGACACGUUCUGCUGCGGCGUGCUCAUGUGCGCGAGCGUUCUCGGCGUAGUGUGUCCGUACAGUCGAUCGAAAACGGGCUGUAAUUCGUUCCCGCCUGCGGCAGCUGGCCUCGUGUGCGCAAUCCUCGUGCGCUUUGCCCUUCCAGGAGCAUGGUGACAAGGUCAUUCGUACGGACUAGCAAUAUCGCUCGCUUCGCGUGAUGGACGCUGCGUGAGGUGACUCUGGACUCUUCUUGACACGUCGACCGCGUUGUGCUCGGGUUGCUGCCUCGUUGUCGACACGAGGUGCUUUUCCACCUUCUUGAAGAAACUUUAAAGUCUUCAAGAAGUCGGAAAGUUGCGUGCUAUGGCCUGUACGCGAAGCGCGCACUGGUAAAAACUGCACUGAAAUUAACUGCGGUGUCUGCAUACAACUGCCACGUUAAGAAAACGGGUUUAUCUGAUGUCGCGCAUAAACAGUGAGAAGAAGAGAUGAUUUGUAGCCUCAUCAACAAUUUGAGCGCCGGACUGAAACACGUCUUUUUUUUAGUUUUGUGAACGCAUAUUCGAAGACCUCGGGUAUAGCCUAUCCUACAUCUACACGGUAGCAUGUUCCUGUAGACUUCUUUCGAAUGAUGUAUACUGUCACUUGUCCCGUUAAUGGGGACGGCAAUCGCCGGGCGGAUUCUAAGGGCUGGCGUCAAGGCCCUCCGAAAACGCACCACGAAAGCGCGGACAAUUUAGAGUUGGUCCUUUGGUGCGCCAGCGAACGCCGGUUGUGGUCCAAAGACCGAGUCAGAGCCGAGAGUCGAUAACACAGACGAAAACGAAAUAUAUUCUCACUUAAGGCAAUACAAAUAAUACAAACACAUGCACACUCGGCUGGUACCAGUUACAACUUCACAAUAUAAUUCAGAUGGUGUUUACACAACGGGAGCUAAACAAACAGAUCACACGCUACGAAUGCAAUCGCAUGCAUUACAACUAUUCAACGACAGUUAAAGUCCUGAAUAAACAAUGGCGUAUCCAGUCCACAAUACUUGGACGGUAAUCGAAUGCUUCUCU